AAAUUUCAAAAGCCGCCAAAUUCCCAAAAGAAAAGUAGUGAAAAGAAGCGAAGAGUGUUGCCUGAAAUACUCUUGCAAUCGUUAUGUUAUCAAUUCUCGCUGAGGACUUCUGGAUGUACAUGUAAAAUAGAUCAGGACCUCAAUAUGAAGGGUUAAUUCAAAAGAUAAUAAGUUAAAGUUCCAAGAGCUGUUAUCAAAAUGCUUGAAUUAAGUUUGGUUUGAUAUGAGCUUAAAUGAAGAAGUGAGAAUUUCAUAUAGCGGACACUAACUUGUUUGGGAGUAACGCGUAGUUGUUGUUGUGUCAUCAUCGAUAUUGGCCUGAGGCGUAGUUGUUGUUAUUCUUGUGUUAUCAUCGAUAUAAAGUGGCCCUUGAUUCAGAUUAUAAAGGGGAGGGUUUGAAGGUGAAAGGUGAAAAAGCUGAGAGGAUAUCAAAGAAACGGAGAAAUAGAAGCAUGCAAUCAAAGAUUAACAGUUUCUUUAAGCCUUCUUCUUCAUCUCCUACGCCCAAGAGUGAAGAUCCAUCUCAAUGUUGCAGCGUUGAGUUCGAUUAUGGGAGGGUACAGCCAGAAAUUGUGGUCACAUACCAGCGAAGACCUCAAAAUUCAAUUGGUGAAACGAAUGGUGCAUCAACUGGUGAAACAUCCAUGGAAAUAGACUUGGAGAAUGUUGUGCCAAACCUGGAGGUGGCAAAGUCAGGGAAAGUUCUUAAUAAGAAGAGAAAGUACGCCCAAUUCUAUUUGGAACUGGGUCAGUCUGAUUUUUUAUUACAUGCUUGUACUGUCUGUGGCUUCAAGUAUGCUAAAGGUGAUGAAGGGGAUGAAAAGUUUCACAAGACGUUUCACAAGAAUUAUACGCAUGGUAUUCCAUUUAAGGGUUGGCGGUAUGAAAAAAUUCUUCGAAUUCCUUCACUGGAAAUUGGACGAAUUAUCCUGGUGCUGGACGAUGACCCUCCUCCUCAGAGAAACAAGGUACAGGAAGUUGUGAAGAUGAUGGAGAUGGAACUUGGAGAUGGGUGGAUAUAUCAUCAGCUAUGCAAGGUGUAUCUGUUUAUAUCUUCUCAAAGAAUAUCUGGAUGUCUGGUAGCAGAGCCCAUAAAGAAGGCGUAUAAGAUUCUCUCAAGACCAGAAGACAGCAGGUGUGAUGUUUCACCUGAGAAGGAAGCAAGACGGACUUCAACCACACUCCAAUUUGGGGGAGUGAGUUUCCAGAGGGAAAUGGUUAGAAGAAAUCAAUCAACCAAAAGCCGUGAAGAGCCCGAUGAAAGUGUCAGUGGAGUAGUCUUGUGUGAGAAGGAAGCUGUAUGUGCGUUAUGUGGCAUUAGAGCUAUUUGGGUUACUCCCUCCAACAGAAGAAAACAUAUAGCCAGCUAUUUGCUGGAUGCUGCUAGGGAAAGUUUUUGCAAGGAUUUAGUUCUUAAACGCUCAGAGUUAGCCUAUUCUCAGCCAACCUCAGUUGGAAGGGCCCUCAUCUCCAAUUACACAAGCAGUCACUCAUUCUUGGUUUAUACACCUUCUGAUGUGUAGUAAGGAUUUAAGAAAUAGCAUGUUAAUUUUUUUCAGCCAAGUAUAUUACAGUUAGUCUAGUAAUUUACUGGAUAAUCCAUCUAUGUUCAUGCGCGCAAAGCUAUUAAUUUAUUUGUAUUAACUGGAGCAAACAAAGCUAUUCUUACCCAGUAUAAUACAGGGUUAACAUAAGAAUCUUGCCAAGCUCU